AUGAUUCACUCCAUAGUCCCAAUCGUAAUGGUCCUAAUCGGCACAGUUGCCGCCGGCGUAGAUAACGCCGCCGCCGUCCCUCCAAACUCCAGUACCGAAUACAACCAGUACCAUCUCCCAUCACCAACACCCCAAAUCCACGCUCACCACGCCGUCCUCCACUCCGCCUGCAGCAGCACAAGGUUCCCGGACCUCUGCUUCUCCGCCGUGGCCGCCGUCCCGGGAUCCGCCAACACCCUCGCCACCCAGAAGGACGUGAUCGAGGCGUCCAUCAACAUCACCUGCCGCGCCGUCCAGCGCAACUUCUUCGCCGUCGAGAGCCUGAUCGAGUCCGCCGGCGGCAGGCUGAGCCGGCGUGAGACGACGGCGCUCCACGACUGCCUCGAGACCAUCGACGCCACCCUCGACGAGCUCCACGUGGCGCUCCGUGACCUGGGCCGGUACCCGCACGAGAAGAAGAAGAGGAAGUCGCUGAACCGGCACGCCGCCGACCUCAAGACGCUGCUGAGCUCCGCCAUGACCAACCAGGAGACCUGCCUCGACGGCUUCUCCCACGACGGCGCCGACCGGCGGGUCCGGGAGAAGCUGCUGGAGGGGCAGGUCCACGUGGAGCGCAUGUGCAGCAACGUCCUCGCCAUGAUCAGGAACAUGACCGACGCCGACAUCGAGGCGGCCGGAGUCGAGGAGGAGGAGCAGCAGCAGCCGGAGUGGUUGUCGGCUGGAGAUAGGAGGCUGCUGCAGUCGCCUGAUGCGAAGACGGCGGCGAAUGUGACGGUGGCGGGGGACAGGAGCGGGGACUACGUGACGGUGGGGGAGGCGGUGGAGGCGGCGCCGAACAAGAGCAGCGAGAGGUAUGUGAUAAGGAUAAAGGCGGGAGUGUACAGGGAGAACGUGGAGGUGGUGAAGUCGAAGACCAACAUUAUGUUCGUCGGGGAUGGCAGAGCCACCACCAUUAUCACCGGCAACAGGAGCGUCGUUGGUGGGUUCACCACUUUCAAAUCUGCCACCGUCGCGGUGAAGGGGAAAGGGUUCCUGGCGCGGGACAUAACCUUCGAGAACACGGCGGGCCACGCCAAGCACCAGGCCGUGGCCCUCCGAGUCGGCGCUGAUCAGUCGGCAUUCUACCGGUGCGACAUCCUGGGCCACCAGGACACCCUGUACGUCCACUCCAACCGCCAGUUCUUCGUCAACUGCCUCGUCACGGGAACCGUCGACUUCAUCUUCGGCAACGCCGCCGCCGUCCUCCAGGACUGCGACAUCCACGCCCGCGUCCCCGGUCCGGGACAGAAGAACAUGAUCACCGCCCAGGGGAGGAAGGAUCCGAACCAGAACACCGGGAUCGUGAUCCAGAGGUCGAGGAUCGGGGCCACGGCGGACCUCCUCCUGCAGUCGGCGGCGGGGAACGGGAGCUACCCGACGUAUUUGGGGAGGCCGUGGAAGGAGUACUCGAGGACGGUGGUGAUGGAGUCGGAGAUCAGCGGCGUGGUGCACUCGGCCGGGUGGGCGGAGUGGAACGCCAGCUUUGGGCUGGCGACGCUGUACUACGGGGAGUUUAGGAACCGCGGGGCCGGGGCGAACACGACGGAGAGGGUCGGGUGGGGAGGGUAUAAGGUGAUGGACGAUGAGAGUGAGGCGGCCGGGUUUACCGCCGGUGAGUUCAUCGGCGGUGGGUCCUGGCUGCGAUCUACCACCUUCCCCUUCUCUCUCGGGCUAUGA